UCGUUUUUCCUUUAUUUGACCAUAAUUUAAAUCACCAAUUUUCUCUCUCCUCUUCUUCCAAGAACUUCAACACCACCUUUCUUCUUCUAGGGUUUCCUUUCCGAUUUCCGAUCAUCAACUUCAUAUGUUUCUUCCCAGAAUUUGGGGGUUUCAGCUGAUUGAAUUCAAUUAGAGCUGCAAUUAAUCAAUUAUUUAAAUUAAUCAAUAAUUUAUAUCUGAUUUAUAGCUAUGGAUUCGAAUAAUUGGCGACCUGCUCAAAAUGAAGCUCCACCUCCAAUGGAUGGUGGCGAUUGGCGGAGUCAACUUCUGCCGGAGUCCCGCCAACGAAUUGUCAAUAAGAUAAUGGAAACUUUGAAGAGACAUCUCCCCUUUUCUGGCCAAGAAGGGCUGCAAGAACUUAAGCAGAUUGCCAUAAGAUUUGAAGAAAAGAUAUAUAGUGCUGCUACGAGCCAGUCUGAUUAUCUGAGGAAGAUAUCAUUGAAGAUGCUCACAAUGGAGUCAAAAUCUCAGAAUUCACUCCCCAAUGCUUUGCCUUCCAACUCUUCUGGUAUGAGCAGAAAUCCUCAGGAUUCAGUACCUUCUCAAAAUAUGCAGUCCCAAGUGCAGAAUCAGAGUCAAUCUGUUCCCCAUCAGAUGGCGUCUAAUCAGUCUCAAGCCCGGCAGCAGAUUUUAGCUCAGAACAUGCAAAACAACAUAGGAUCUACAGGCAUGCAAACUACUGCCAGCUUGCCAAAUUCUUUGCCAUCUGUCAAUGGAUUGGCACAGAACAUGCCAAAUGUUCCUCAGAAUACCAACAUGCAGAGUAUUUCUGGCAUCCCACAAAACUCAAUGGGAAAUACGAUGAAUCAGGCAGUUUCAUCCACUAUGUUCACAAAUUCCCAAAGGCAGUUGCAAGGUAGACAACAUACCCAACAGGUUGCUUCCCAGCAGCAGCAGCAGCAGCAGCAGUCCCAAAAUAAUUCGCAAUACAUGUACCAGCAACAAUUGCAGCAACAGAUGAUGAAGCAGAAGUUACAGCCGGGAAAUAUCCAACAACCAAUUAUGCAGACACCAUUACAGCAACAACCACCACCAUCACAGCAACAACAAACACCAUCACAGUCUCAGCAAAACUUGCUACAGGCUAAUCAGCAACCGAUCAUGCAAACCUCAUCUGUUAUGCAGCCUUCUAUGAUAUCUGGGUUACAGCAAAACCAACAAUCUUCUAUUCAACAGCCAUCUCAGUCUGUGCUUCAGCAGCAUCAACAGUCAGUGGCCAGGCAGCAACAACAGUCGCAGCAACAACAGUCGCAGCAACAGCCACAACAGACUCCUAUAAUUCAGCAACAGCAAACGCAGUUAUCCCAGCAAUCAAUGAUGACAUCCCAGGGCCAACAGCAGCAGCAGUUAAUGGGACAGCAACCAAACGCUGCCAAUAUGCAACAAAAUCAACUGAUUGGCCAACAGAGUAAUAUCUCUGAUAUGCAGCAGCAACAGCAACAGAGACUGUUGGGACAGCAGAAUAAUCUCCAAAAUCUUUCAUCACAUCAGAACAUGCAGCAGCAACAUAUGAUGAGUCAACAAAGCAAUCUCUCAAACAUGCAUCAGCAACAAUUAGGGCAUCAAAGUCAUGCUGGGGGACUUUCACAGCAGCAACUGAUGGGAACACAGUCGGGGAAUGCUAACAUGCAGUCAAAUCAACACUCAGCUCACAUGAUGCAACAACCCAAGGCUGCGACUCCGCAACAGAAUCAAAAUACUCCUUUAUUGCCAAGUGGUGGGCAGCCAGCACAGCCACAAUCACAGUCACAGCAGCAAUUGAUGUCACAGCUCCAAUCUCAGUCAGGUCUACAACAGCAACUGGGAUUGCAGCAGCAGGCAAAUUCCGUUCAACAUAAUAUGCAGCCUCGGAUGCAAAAUCCAAAUUCUUUGCUUCAGCAGCAAAAUAUGAUUGAUCAGCAAAAGCAGUUCCAACCACAAAGAGCUCCUCCCGAGGCACCAUCAAGUUCUUUGGAUUCCACUGCUCAGACUGAUAGUACAGGUGUUGGUGACUGGCAAGAAGAGGUCUAUCAAAAGAUUAAAGCUAUGAAGGACAUGUACCUUGCAGAUCUUAAUGAGAUGCACCAAAAAAUUUCUAUGAAACUACAACAGCAUGAAUCUCUCCCUCAACAACCAAAGACGGACCAGGCGGAUAAGCUCAGAAUAUUUAAAAAUAUGUUGGAGAAGUUAAUGCAGGUUUUACAAACAGCAAAAAACAGUAUUCUACCAACUCAUAGAGAGAAAUUGCCAUCAUUUGAGAAGCAGAUUGUUGGGUUACUUAGUACAAACAGGCCUAGGAGGCCAAUUCAACCAGGGCAAAUCCUCCCUCCUCAAAUGCAGAAUUUGCAACAAGCACAGCAGCCUCAUUCUCAAAUUUCUCAAGCACAAUCACAUGUGGUCGGUGUCAAUCCACAGUUGCAGUCUAUGAAUCUACAAGGUUCUGCUGCCACAAUACAACAGAACAAUGUGCCAAGCUUGCAGCAUGGUUCUGUCCCAUCUUUAUCUGGUGUCACAUCCUCGCAGCAGAGCAUGGCGAGUUCAUUACAGGCCAAUCCCAAUAUAAAUUCUGGACAGGGAAGUGCACCUAGUUCUAUGCAGCAAGUUGCAAUAGCGUCUUUACAGCAGAAUCCGGUUAGUGCUCCUCCGCAGGCAAAUGUUAAUUCGUUGCAAUCACAGAAUGGAGUCAGUAUGUUACAGCCGAACAUUAACUCUCAUCAAUCAAAUUCAAAUAUGCUCCAAAACCAGCAACUGAAGCAGCAUCAGGAGCAGCAGAUUCUGCAAAGCCAGCAAUUGAAACAGCAUCUCCAGAAUAGGCAUUUUCAACAGCAGCUGAUACAAAAGCAGCAGCUGUACCAACAGCAACAGCAGUUACAACAAGCAAAACAACAACAACAACAAGCUUCACAAAUUUCAGCUCAUCAGAUGCCUCAACUGCAUCAAAAUGAUGUAAAUGACAAGAUGAGACAGGGGUUAAGAUCAGGUGCUUUCCCACAGCAUCUCUCAUCAGCUCAGCGGUUUGCACAUCAGCAGUUAAAGCCUGGGGCUACUUUCUCUGUUACUUCACCUCAAUUGUUUCAGGCCGUGUCGCCACAAAUCAACCAGAAUUCCCCGCAAAUUGAUCAGCAAAAUCUGCAAUCUAUCUCCAAAGGUGGAACCCCUUUGCAAUCAGCUAACUCACCCUAUGUUCCUUCUCCGUCAACCCCCUUGGCGCCAUCUCCUAUGCCUGGUGAUGCUGAGAAACCUGCUGUUUCCUCACUCUCAAAUGCUGCAAAUAUCGGAAAUCAACAAAGUGGUGCACCUGCUGCUACUCAAUCUCUUUCAAUUGGAACUCCUGGGAUAUCGCCAUCUCCUUUGUUCGAGUGUGCUGGGCCAGAUGGUGCUCAUGGUAAUAACUCUGCAGUUGUUUCUGGGAAAUCCAGUUUAACAGAGCAACCACUUGAUCGCUUGUUGAAAGCUGUAAAGUCAAUAUCCCCUAAAGCAUUAAAUGCAUCAGUCUGUGACAUUGGUUCAGUUGUCAGCAUGAUUGAUCUAAUUGCUGGAUCAGCUCCUGGUAAUGGUUCUAGAGCUACAGUUGGUGAGGACUUAGUGGCCAUGACAAAGUGUCGCUUGCAAGCUAGAAAUUUUCAAACCCAAGAUGGAAGUACGGGAACAAAAAGAAUGCGCCGGUAUACUAGUGCAAUGCCCUUAAAUGUUGCAGCAACUAUUGGCAGCAUGAAUGAUAACUUCAAGCAAUUCACUGGAUCUGAGACAUCUGAUCUAGAAUCAACUGCAACAUCUAAUGUGAAGAAGGCUAAACUUGAGGUUAAUCAUGCCCUUUUGGAAGAAAUCAGAGAUAUUAAUGACCGUCUUAUAGAUACUAUUGUUGAUGUCAGUGAUGAAGAUAUGGAUCCUUCGGUAGCAGCUUCAGCUUCAGCUUCUGAAGGCAGUGAAGGAACCAUUGUCAGGUGCUCUUUUAGUGCUAUAUCUCUGAGUCCAGACUUGAAGUCGCACUACACUUCAGCCCAGAUGUCACCAAUUCAACUGUUGAGAUUGCUGGUUCCUGUAAAUUAUCCAAAUUGUUCCCCCAUUUUGUUGGACAAGUUACCAGUUGAUGUUAGUAACGAGUAUGAAGAUCUUUCAGUGAAAGCGAAGUCAAGAUUUAGCAUCUCUCUUCGAAGUCUUUCUCAGCCGAUGUCUCUCAAGGCGAUAGCAAGGACAUGGGAUGAUUGUGCUCGGGCUGUCAUUUGUGAGUAUGCACAACAGAAUGGUGGAGGGACCUUCAGCUCAAAGUAUGGAACUUGGGAAAAUUGUCUAAGCGCUGCUUGAUCUUCUAUACCUUCAAAGUUCAAGCCUGGGUUAAAAUUUUCCGGAGCCCUAGACUUGAAAAUCAUUUUGUUGCCGGAGACGUAGGCCAAAGCUUGAAGUUUGUGAAUAGAAUGUGCAAGCCAAACAAGUCCGUUGAGGGUAGUCUAUAACUGUUCAUAUAUUGUAUUUAUUUGUCUAUUGUUACACUACCCAAAGUCCAAGAUCCGACUGCUGGAAGAUCUGAGUUUGAGUCUCAUUACUCCAGGGUUGGAAUUUUCUCCCAUUCUCCUUUGAUAGCGGCCUCCAAACUCAGUAAAUUUGUAUAAAAAGAAAAGUUUGCCUGGGGCUACUUGAAUCGAAUAAUGGUAGUGAAUAAUUGUAGCAUUCGCUUCA